UACCGUCGGAAUGGAUACCGUUGCCGUAGUGUGUUUAGUUCUACUGCCAGUUGGCAGUUGGAUUCUAUCGGGAACCAAUGCUGAGUGUUUUUAUUCGUUGGAUAUGAAGAUCGGUUCGGAUUACUACUUAUCGUCCCCCUCGUAUCCUCAACUGUACCCUCCCGGUACGAACUGCUCGUACGAAGUCAGAGCUCCGUAUGGCAAUAGAAUCAGCUUCGUUUGCGAGGAUUUCCGUAUUCCCAGUAGCGAGAACUGCAGGCAAGAUGCAUUUUACCUUUCUCUGACUGGCCGUGAAGACCUACAAGACGCCUAUACAUAUUGCGGGACAGGCGUCAUUCGAGAGAGUUCUGUGGGCAGUAGACUCUUUAUGCGAAUCAAAGCUGCACCAACAAGUCGUGGCGGUCGUUUCCUUUGUACGUUGUCAAUAGUCUCGCAACGUUGUACUUGUGGUAAAAAGAAACGGACCCGUAUUGUCAAUGGCGUUGAGACAAUGGUCAACGAAUUUCCUAUGAUGGCAGCGCUGGUGGAUAUCAGAUCACGAGGCGUCGUAUGUGGGGCCACCAUUAUUUCCGACGAACACGCUCUGUCGGCGGCACAUUGCCUAUUGUUGAGAAGCGUUGACGAUACUGCGUUGCUGGUAGGUGACCACAAUCUUACCACAGGAUCCGAUACCAGCUACGCCCGAGUGUAUCGCAUAUCUAAGCUCUUGACCCACCCUGGAUUUACAUCGAACCCUGUUUCGAAUGACAUCGCACUGAUCCGGACGAGUCAACCGAUGAACUUCAACGAAGGUGUUGGCCCUGUAUGUCUGCCCUGGAAAUAUCGGAGUGAAAGCUUCGAUGGUGCCACCGUGGAAGCCUGCGGCUGGGGAGAUUUGGACUUUGGCGGACCGAAGUCGGAUGUCCUCAACAAGGUGGCCCUUACCGUUAUCAGCAAUCAGGAGUGUUCCACUAGGUUGAACACGACCAUUGAACGCCAGAAGAUGUGCACCUACGCGCCGACAAAGGAUACAUGCCAGUCCGAUUCAGGUGGGCCGCUUUUCUAUACCGAACCCGACAGCGGUUUGGUCUACGAGGUUGGCAUUGUCAGCUAUGGGUUCGCCUGUGCCACGACAAAUCCCAGUGUUAACACCAGAGUGACUGAUUUUUUGGACUGGAUUAUGGCUAACAGCUACACGUCCUUUUGCGUGCAGUAGGGCGUUACAAUGGGCGACGAAUUUAAAUUUUGUGACAAAAUUUUACACGUUUUAGAAAUUUAUGUUAAUCAAUUAUUGCAAAAUAAGAAAUAGAAUGCAUUUGUUCUUCCUCCCAACUAUGAUUCUUAUGUUCCCAUUCUCGGGACUUCACUUUGUUUUGAGAUUGAACUGUCAAUCCGGAAAGGGAGAGUUAGAUUCAAAAUGCAAUAUUCAGAAGAAUAUCAUUCUAUUUAAAUUCCAGGAAAAAAAUGAUUGUAUAGUCAAAAUGCUCCUUGCUGUAAAUCAUAGGAAAGAUUAAAAACAUUCAAACUGGUUGUUCGCGCAAAAUUGAAGUUUGUGGCCCAUUGUAAGCGCGAAUGAUGUGAAUAUUGUGAAAGUCGUUGCGUGUUGCAGCAUUGGAUAGAAAAGCACAAAAAAGGUUCACCGUGGAUGAUUUUGGGUCAUAUUUUUUCCCGAAGCUGUAGACCGAGGAUUACCACGUGAGUUGGGUGCCGCGCGAGAUUGGAUGAAUUAUGAACGAACAAAGUAGAUAUAAAAUAUUGGCUACUAAAUCUGUGUGCUUUGUCAACUCUAUAAACCCGUGCGGAGGUGUAGAACUGUAGAUUUUUUAAUGUUUUGAAAUGAAAUCAGUAAUGUGUUAGAAUGAAUUCAGAAAUAAAUUUU